AUGGUUCAGUGCUCGUGUUGUUUGUUCGAUUGCGGCGCGUGUGAGCAGCGGUACGUGCAGCACUUGGCGGAGGCGGCGCACUGGUAUUGUGGUGCGUGUCGAGUGCGUGUAGCAGACAAGGCGGCGCUUUUAAGGCACUGCGUCGCAGGUGGGUGUGCGCCGCACACGUGUGUGAGAUGUCAGAGCCAAUACCGCAGCGUCCACGCGCUCUACGCCCACCGCUGCCCGGAGUCGGAAUCCGAUCGUCAGUCCCGGAUGGUAGGGGAGGUGAACACGAAAGUGGACACAAAAGUGGACAAGACAAGGCCCGCAGGACUAGAAACGACAUAUGAAAGCAACCGACCGACGGAAACUGGCGGCCGUAGUGACGAAGAACCCGACUCCUUCCCUCUGACUGAUCCGCGCGGGCUAGAGGAUCUAUCACAACUCCCUACACGGGCGAUAGAAGUCGACCUGGAACUACGGCACAGGGAUUUGGGGCACAGGGAUUUGCGACACGGAGAUCUGCGACACAGACAAUCGCAUUCACGUCGCGGAGAACCUAUUGACAGGCCUGUCGGUCACGGGGAGCCACAGCCUGGGGCACACGGUGUUUCAGUAUCAGGGGAAGGAGGGACUUUACCCUCGAAGAAAAGCCUAGACGAGGAAGAAAGGCUUAUUGGAAGUCGCGGCAUAGCCCACUUCGAGGGAUUUUGCUACAGAAGACGAGCGGAUUCGGAGUCGUCCGAUGCGAGCUUGGACGACGAAGAUGGACUGUGGCAGUGUCAGUGCUGCGACGCGGCCUUUUACACGGUAAGGGGCUUAGACGACCACGUGCGAGAAUUCCAUUCCUGGUUCCAUUCCUGGUUCCAUUCCUGGUUCAACUGGUCAGGAAACGUUGUACGCUGGUUGUUGCCGAUCUGUGCAGCCUUUCUCCACUGCCGCUUUAAAGCCAUUAAACGGCAUCUUUCAGGGCUAAUGGUUGGGAGUCUGCAACUUGAUGGUGGAGAGAAACUCCCGAAGUCGACUUACCCUCGACCGGAUGAAAACCGUGUACUCCAGUUCUCGUACAGCUUAGAAGACGUGCGCGCACAAAACAUUUUAGAUAGAUAA